CGGCCACCGCUCGUCAUGGAGGAGAUCUUGGCUGAAGAGCUUGAUGAUGAGGAACAGCUGGUGAGAAGGCAUCGCAAGGAGAAGAAGGAGCUGCAAGCCAAAAUUCAGGGAAUGAAGAACGCUGUUCCGAAAAAUGACAAAAAGAGGAGGAAGCAACUCACUGAAGAUGUGGCUAAGUUGGAGAGAGAAAUGGAGCAGAAACACAAGGAGGAGCUGGAGCAAUUGAAGCUGACUUUCAAGGAAAACAAGAUAGAUUCUGUUGCUGUUAACAUUUCAAACUUGGUACUUGAGAAUCAGCCGCCUCGGAUAUCAAAAGCACAAAAGAGACGGGAAAAGAAAGCUGCAUUGGAAAAGGAGCGGGAAGAAAGGAUAGCUGAGGCUGAAAUUGAGAACUUAUCUGGAGCCAGACAUGUGGAGAGUGAAAAACUUGCUCAAAUAUUGGCAGCCAGAGAAUUGGAAAUUAAACAUAUUCCAUCUGAUGGCCAUUGUAUGUAUGGAGCACUUGAGGAUCAGCUGAGAGACCAGGACUGUGCUUUGACUGUGGCUGCCCUCCGGAGGCAGACUGCUGAGUAUAUGCAAAGCCAUUCAGAAGAUUUCCUGCCCUUUUUAACAAACCCCAACACAGGAGAUAUGUAUACUCCAGAAGAGUUCGCAAAGUACUGUGACGAUAUUGUGAACACAGCUGCGUGGGGCGGUCAGCUUGAGCUAAGAGCUCUGUCUCACAUUUUACAAACACCAAUUGAGAUACUACAGGCAGAUGCUCCUCCGAUUGUAGUUGGUGAAGAGUAUCCAAGGAAUCCUUUAGUACUGGUAUACAUGAGGCAUGCGUAUGGCUUAGGAGAACAUUAUAAUUCUGUUACACGGUUGGUGAACUCAGCUACUGAAAAUUGCAGCUAGUUUACAAAAGUGUUACAUGAUGUUUUUAGAGUGUGCCAAUCUGCAUAUUCCUACCAAGUGUAGAUUGUUGUAAAUGCUACUGAAAAACACAGCUACCUUGAAUCAGUUUUAUGAAUAAGCUUAUGAACAGGCAUUUUAGAAAUAUAUUGGAUUAACUUUAACCAGUGCUCUCUUAGUGGCAUUCUGAGAACUUAAAGUCUAUUGUGGAGAAAGAACAUCAUUUGUAGGCCAAGGUGUUACUUCUCUCACUAGUUGUAGUUAUCCUGGACAUUCUGAUUGGAAUAAAUUUUGUUUUAAAUUUUGGCCCCACAGCGUUAUAUUCCAAAAGUAAGCAUUUCAAUGUAAUUUUUCUUAAAGUAUGGAGACUUGGUCUCCGUCAUCAUAUCGUAGUGA